AGUGCUUUGUUUGUUUCCCCAAUCUGUUCCACUUCUCUGAAAAUGGCAACAUUUAUCCAGAGGGUAAAUGACAAAUGGGUCUAACUGACUGGAAUCGUUUCACAGCAAAAACACUCAAACCUCCUCCUUUUUCCAAAAGAAAAAAAAGUUACUAUGUUCGUUUUGAAUUUCAGUCAGUAAAUACUAAGUUACUGCUACUGAGUCGGCUCUUCUCUAUAAAUAGACUCCGAUCCCAACCCGCUUCCUUCGCCUCUCUAAAGAAACGGAGAGAAACCACCGAGUUACUGCGGUGUAGUGAAAAAAAUUAGAAAGUAGACUAAAGAAACUGGGAAUCAUUGAUGUGUGGGGAAAAGCUUCGUUCUUCGACGGCGACGUCGUUGCAUGUCGCCGCAUUUUGUGUCGUGGUGGCGGCGACGAUCAUCGGCGUCCAAGGUUCCCACAAAGUGUACCCGGAGUUGCAGUCUCUUUCCGCCGAGAAGGUCGACGAAACUCACCGGACCGGCUACCAUUUCCAGCCUUCUAAGCACUGGAUCAACGGCCCAAUGUACUUCAACGGCUUUUACCACCUCUUCUACCAAUACAAUUCCAAGGGCUCAGUCUGGGGAAACAUCGUGUGGGCCCACUCAGUAUCCAAGGACCUCAUCAACUGGCAGGCCCUGGAGCCCGCAAUCGAGGCCACGAAGCCCUUCGACAUCAAAGGCUGCUGGUCCGGAUCCGCCACCAUCCUCCCGGGCAACAAGCCCGUCAUCCUCUACACGGGUGUCGACAAACACAACCGCCAGGUCCAAGACUACGCCGUCCCCACGAACCUCUCCGACCCUUACCUCCGGUCCUGGGUCAAACCCAGCAAGGGGAACCCGUUCAUCGACCCGGACCGGUCCGUCAACGCCAGCGCCUUCCGCGACCCAACCACCGCCUGGUUCGUCAACGGGGAGUGGCACACCGUGAUCGGGAGCAAGCGUGACAUGGUCGGGGUCGCUUACCUGUAUACAAGCAAGGACUUCAAGAAGUGGGUUAGGGCGAAAGAGCCGCUCCACUCGGCUCGGGGAACCGGGAUGUGGGAGUGUCCUGAUUUCUACCCGGUUUCGCCCACUGGGCGGAGGGGCCUGGACACGUCAGCUGUGGGGAAGGAAGUGAAGCACGUGUUUAAAGUCAGCUUGGACUUGACGAGGUUCGAUUACUACACGAUCGGAGUGUACGACAAGGAGAAGGAGAAGUAUGUUCCGGAUGUGGGCUCGGUGGACAGUUGGGCCGGGCUCCGGUACGACUACGGUAACUUCUAUGCUUCUAAAUCGUUCUUCGACUACAAGAAGCACCGUAGGGUUUUGUGGGCUUGGGCCAACGAGUCCGAUGGUGAGGCCCGUGAUAAGGAUAAGGGUUGGGCCGGAAUUCAGCUGAUCCCGAGAAAGGUUUGGCUGGACCCAAGUGGGAAGCAACUGUUGCAGUGGCCGAUUGAAGAGCUGGAGAAACUUAGAAGUCCCAAUCCACGUAAAUUGAACUCCAAAGUUUUGAGGAAAGGACAGUACGUCGAAGUGGGAGGCAUCACUGCUGCCCAGGCUGACGUGGAGGUCACCUUCUCAUUCCGGAGCCUCGACAGAGCUGAGCCCUUCGAUCCCAAAUGGGCCGAUCUUCCGGCCCAAGAUGUCUGUCAUCAGAAGGGCUCGACCGUUCCGGGUGGGCUUGGGCCGUUUGGGCUGCUCACCGUAGCCUCCGAGAAGCUCGGGGAGUUCACUCCGGUCAUGUUCAGGGUGUUCAAGAAAGGCGGCAAGCACGUCGUUCUCUUCUGCUCCGAUGCCACCAGUUCUAGCCUGGCCAAGGGGCUGUACAAGCCGUCGUUUGCUGGAUACGUGGACGUUGACGUGUCUAAAACUAAGAAGAUUUCCCUGAGGAGCUUGAUUGAUCAUUCGGUGGUGGAGAGCUUCGCGGAAGGAGGGAAAACGGUGAUAACGUCGAGGGUUUAUCCGACGCUGGCAACAGGUACAAAAGCCCGUCUCUUCUUGUUCAACAACGGGACGGAGGAGAUCAAGGUCGACAAACUCACGGCAUGGAACAUGGGGAAGCCAGUCAUGAACGUGCCUUUGAAUAAGGGAGCAUCCAUUAAUUAACUCGGAGCUUUGAUGGAAUUAGCAUAAUCCACUAAGUAUAUGACAGAGGGCAGCCCAGGGUUACGUAAUGGGGAUCGAUCGAUAUAAUAAGGUAACAUGUAUAACUAGUCAGAUAAAGAGUUCAGUAGGGGAAAUAAGGUGACGAAAUCGAUCCGCAGAUGUUUGGUUGUGCGUAGUAAUUAGUAGGAGUCAUGGAUUAAGACAAUUAAGUACGUAUAUGUCGUAUUGGUUGUUUGCAUGUUUUUGUUGUUGUUGUUAUGUUAUAUAUAGUACAGUGCAAGACUUGUUGCCUGUACCUUGAUGUUAUUUUUCCCCACAAUCGGGGGAGGUCCAAACCGAUUAAACCGAAGCGAAUUAU